UCGGGCAUUUUAACCACACUGAAGAAAUGUCAAAAAGAGAGGGAAACAAACUCCACCAAGAAACCCUAAAACUUGGACAGUUCACAGAGCAGAGGGUCUCUCUAUAUCUCUGCUCUAUUUCCCUUAUUCUCUUUAGGAACCAUCUGAAUAUAAAAAACCCACUUUUUAAUACAUAAAAUAACAUUUAAGCUCAACUAAUUUGUUUUUCAUUUCAUCCUUCCCCCCUCUUUUUACUGAUUUUGUAGUUUCAAACAAAGCCGUUCCCUCGCUUGAUAUGGCGAGAUUUCUUGGAAAUAUUUCUCAUCUGAGACGUUCUCUAUUAGUUCCACAGGUAUGUAGAGCAGAGGUAUUAGGUUCAUCUUCACAACUCUUUAACUUUUCUUCUAAAGCUAGGAAGAAGUCCAAGUCAGAUGGAAGUGAUUCCGGUGAGGAGAAUAUGUCCAAGAAAGAUUUAGCCCUAAAACAAGCACUGGAUCAGAUUACUAGUUCUUUUGGAAAAGGAUCUAUCAUGUGGCUUGGUCGUUCUGAGUCUACUAGGAAUGUUCCAGUAGUUUCCACUGGCUCUUUUGCUUUGGACGUUGCACUUGGAAUCGGUGGCCUUCCGAAGGGCCGUGUCGUGGAGAUAUAUGGACCAGAGGCUUCAGGGAAAACAACACUUGCACUACAUGUAAUUGCUGAAGCACAGAAACAAGGAGGUUAUUGUGUUUUCGUUGAUGCUGAGCAUGCUCUUGAUCCAGCUCUAGCUGAGACAAUUGGGGUAAAAACCGAGAAUUUGCUUCUUUCGCAACCAGAUUGUGGAGAACAGGCUCUCAGUCUUGUAGACACCCUUAUACGGAGUGGUUCGGUUGAUGUUGUUGUUGUUGACAGUGUAGCUGCCCUGGUGCCUAAAGGCGAGCUUGAUGGCGAGAUGGGUGAUGCUCAUAUGGCAAUGCAAGCCAGACUGAUGAGCCAGGCUCUUCGUAAAUUGAGCCAUUCUCUAUCAUUAUCGCAAACCAUAUUGAUUUUUAUAAACCAGGUACGGUCAAAACUUUCAACCUUUGGAUUUGGUGGGCCAACUGAAGUUACCUGUGGUGGUAAUGCCUUGAAGUUCUAUGCUUCCGUGCGACUAAAUAUUCGGAGAACUGGGUUUGUCAAGAAAGGAGAAGAGAUUGUCGGAAGUCAAGUUGCUGUGAAGAUUGUGAAGAACAAGCUUGCCCCUCCAUUUAAGAAUGCUGAAUUCGAGCUCGAGUUUGGGAAGGGAAUAUCUCGGGAAGGGGAGAUCAUAGAUCUGGCGACGAAACAAAAAUUUGUUACGAAGGCCGUCGCAUUCUACACUUAUAAUGACCGGAAAUUCCAUGGCAAAGAAGCUUUCAAAAAGUUUUUGGCUGAAAACGAAAGUGAGCGAGAAGAACUUGCGGCGAAACUUAGAGAAAAGCUACUUGAAGCCGAGAGCAAAAAGGAAAGACAUGCUGAUAUUUCUGAUGGGGAUACAUCAGAAGAAAUAAUUUCAAAGGAUACUCUUGAUGAAGAAGCCGUUACAGCCAUAGAAGCUUAAGUAGUACCCAUAUGAAUGGAAACUAAAUGAAACGUCCCCUUGCUCAUUGGACCGGCCGUUAGUUGAUUGGACUUUCCGGUGGUCAUGAUGAUGGAAGGAUUUGAUGGUUUUACGAUUCACAGCUCAAUAGUCGACCCAUUAUAAGCCAUACUUGUAUUUAUACAUGUAUGGUAUGGUAUGGUAUGGUAUUUUGGGUUUCAAAGUUUCUUGGAUGCAAUGGAUUGAAAAAAUACAUAACCUUCAUCGAAAUCUCUUAUAGGUGUCAUGUAUCUACACAACAUUCGACAUGUUAACGAGUCAAAAUAUAUGCUCUC